CGGAGGAGUGGGAGCAUGAGGAGGGGCGUAAACAAGGGCCGGGACUGGGCCAGCCUAGGGGUAUUUGGGAGGCCGAGGUGCGGAGUCGGGCUGGGAUCCGGCCGGAUUGAAGGGGGUGGGAGCAGGAGAGAGAGGCUGAGGGUGUGAGGGGGAAGGGGCUUGUGGCAUGUCGUUGGAGGCAGGACUGGACUCUUGUGAGGGGUGUUGUGAGGAGGUGGGAAAAGGUGAGAAUUGGACUUAAGACGUUUGCCGGGGGGAAAGGUUUUCAAAGUGUUAAGUUGGAGGUGGGAGGGGGAAGGGCCUAGGGUAGAAUUUGGGUGGAAAAGGAGAGAACGAAGGUUUGGGGAAUGGAAAGACUGUCGGUGUGACGAGCUAAUGAAGAAAGUGAGAGACUGGGAGGAAAGUUUGGGAGGAAGAGGAAUGGGAUGGGAGAUAGGACAGUGGAGCUGCACGGGUGAUAGGGUUUCCCUUUCCCCUGUGGAAAGGAAGAGAGAGCAGAGUUAAGCAGCAUCAGUUGCAGCUAAUUCUAAUUGCCAGGCCCUUAGCUUUUAAUAGGGUGGGAAGGGCAGAAGGGAAUGGUCAUGUGGGUUUGGAGAAUUGGGGUUGGAUGACGAUUCAACUGGAUUUGCUUUCCAAAAGGCUCCCUAGCUAACUCUGCUUUCUUGUUUUUCCUGGUUACGAAAAGAAGGGAAAAUGGGGAAGCUGGUGUCACCCGAGUGUGGAGGAGUAAAGGACUAUUCUAGCUUUUACCAAUUAGCAGUACAAGAAUGUGGGUACAGACAUGACUAUAUUGCUAAGGUGGAGGAUCUGGAAGUCUGAGGAGGGAAACAGAAAAGACAGAAUGCAUCUAGGCAGUGAGGCUAAUGAAAUGAGUUUCCAGACCCUUUUUUUGCCAGGAGGGACAGGGUCAAUAUGCAUAAAUAGAAAAAACGUUCCCUGGUGAAAUGUGGAUGUAUGCCUCAGUAGAUAUUUUGUUCUCGUGUGCUAGUUAAGGGAAAGGAUGAAGUUAGAAUUUGGAAGAUAGUUCUGGUCUGUAAUCACUUUCCUCCCAGUUUUCUUUAAAGAUGAAAGUCAAUAUUGUAACAAAAUAGGUAGAAUAAGGAAUUGAAGAGGAAAGUGACGUGUCAGAGAGUAAUCGGUUUUCCCAGAAGUUUUUGAAUUUAAGACCUUUCUUGUCAUCAGAAAUUGAGAUCAGAAGUUCUUGAAGUUGGUAUCGAAUUGUGAAUUGACAAGUAGAGAGAGAAGACUUUUGGGGGGUGAGUUGUCUCCUUUAUGUUGGAGUGGAUUAUUUCAAUUGAAAUGGCUUUAGGUUUGUCUGUAGUUUUGCAGCUGAGAUUGACUAAUUCUAUGAGCCUUUGAGGUUUCGAAGUAAAGCCUAAAUAUUGACUCUUCCCCCCCCACCCCCAUUUGUUUUUGUUUUGCUGCUGGCUUUGAAAUUUGUGCUAGGAGGAGACCUGGGAAAUUAAGUCUCUUGCACAGUACAGUGGAUAUUGCAGCUGCUGAGCAAGGAUUCUGGAAAUUAUUGCAUACCUGAGCCCCCAGCAUGGCGGGCCUAAAGCGGCGGGCAAGCCAGGUGUGGCCAGAAGAGCAUGGUGAGCAGGAGCAUGGGCUGUAUAGCCUGCACCGCAUGUUUGACAUCGUGGGCACCCACCUGACGCACAGAGAUGUGCGUGUGCUUUCCUUCCUCUUUGUUGAUGUCAUUGAUGACCACGAGCGUGGACUCAUCCGAAAUGGACGUGACUUCUUAUUGGCGCUGGAGCGCCAGGGCCGCUGUGAUGAGAGCAACUUUCGCCAAGUGCUGCAGCUGCUGCGCAUCAUCACUCGCCAUGACCUGCUGCCCUAUGUCACCCUCAAGAGGAGACGGGCUGUGUGCCCUGAUCUCGUAGACAAGUAUCUGGAGGAGACAUCUAUUCGCUAUGUGACCCCCCGAGCCCUCAGUGAUCCAGAACCGAGGCCUCCCCAACCCCCUAAAACAGUGCCUCCCCACUAUCCUGUGGUGUGCUGCCCCACUUCGGGUCCUCAGAUGUGUAGCAAGCGGCCAGCCCGAGGGAGAGCCACGCUUGGGAGCCAGAGAAAACGCCGGAAGUCAGUGACACCAGAUCCCAAGGAAAAGCAGACAUGUGACAUCAGAUUGCGGGUUCGGGCUGAAUACUGCCAGCAUGAGACUGCUCUGCAGGGCAACGUCUUCUCUAACAAGCAGGACCCACUUGAGCGCCAGUUUGAGCGCUUUAACCAGGCCAACACCAUCCUCAAGUCCCGGGACCUGGGCUCCAUCAUCUGUGACAUCAAGUUUUCUGAGCUCACCUACCUCGACGCAUUCUGGCGCGACUACAUCAAUGGCUCAUUACUAGAGGCACUUAAAGGUGUUUUCAUCACAGACUCCCUCAAGCAAGCUGUGGGCCACGAGGCCAUCAAGCUGCUGGUGAACGUGGAUGAGGAGGACUAUGAGCUGGGCCGACAGAAACUCCUGAGGAACUUGAUGCUUCAAGCAUUGCCCUGACCUUUUCCCCCUUCUCUGGGGACUGUUCCCACCACCCACCUCUGGAGCUUACAUACUGUUCUGGGGUUUGUUCUCUACCUUUCCAACCAAUCACACCCCUGCCUUUUUUUUUUUUUUUUAAAAGGAAAAGACAAAGGAAAGUGGAAGUGGUGUUCCCCCACCCCACCCCCCGCCCCGCACCCAUGUGCUUGGGCUUCCCUUUGUUUCCCUUUUCCACUUACCCCCUAAUGUGUGUCUCUACAGCCACCUUACCACUGAGCCGAAAGACAAAUGUGUAGGGAGACGCAGAGUCUAUAGAACAUAGUCUUUCUAAGAGAUUGAAGUGAACACUGCUUUUGGGUGCAUUGAGGGGGUUAUUAAUACUUUUGGCUUUAUGAGGGCUCUUAAAUUUGUCUGAAAAACCAAAGGGCUGUGAGUAAGGGAGCUAUGUGGAAGGUGGGACUCCGAAGUGUAUUUUGGAAAUUAAUCACUACCCUCUUCCAAAUUACAGAGUUUUUAAAAAACAAGCUGUGGCCCUUUCCACUCUCUCCUGGCCUCUGGUGCUGCUCCUCUCUGCCUUCUUUUCUCCAUUCCAUGGCUUGAAACCUCUGCCUGGUGUGGCUCCUUCCUUCCCCUCCUUUGUCAAAUCCUCUUCAAGGGAGUAAUAAGAGGACUGGGUCAGCCUAGUCAACUCUCCCAACUGUGAUGUGUAUGUGUACACACAUACACAAUGUGGAGGGAGAAUAGGUUGUUGACUAAAAUGCACUCCCCCUGAAAAGGGGAAGGGGGAGUGUGAUACUUUCCUUCCAUGUUCAAGUGAAAAUAAAUAAUGUACCCUGCA